AUGUCGAUACGGGAGAGAGAGAGGAGGAAGGUGGGUACAGGACCUAAAGAGCAAGCGGAGCCAUCGCCUCAAUCUCAGGAAGUCCAAUUUGAUAAGGCAACCCGAAAGAGGAGUAGAGAAUAUGAUAACGGCGAGAUACCAGAAGGCCGAGGUGUGGAGAUGACGGGGAUGAUAGGCGUACUGUCGACGGCGUCAAGUCUGGAUACCGCCGCGACAUUAAAAAGAUCUCCACCACGAAAGCGGUAUAGGCGAUCGGCGUUGAAAGCUGGUAUUUAUGGGAGAGCGUUUGAGUUUGACGAUCAAGAGCUGCAGACUGCCGUGCGGGGUAUGCAUGCUAUUUUGAAGAGCCUUAAAGACGUCCUGGACGAAAUUAACUCCGAUCCCGAUGAAUGA